CCACCCGACGACAGGGUCUCUUUCGCUGUCCAAGAGGUCCUGAAUGGCCAACCCGAGAUGGCGCACUAUGAUGACGUGAUCUCCCAACCUCAGGUUUGCUUGCAAUGACCAACGCUGAUGCUGCAAGAGCUGAUUGAGCUAAUGUCCUCCAUGUCCAGCACAUGCCGUUCAUCCGUCGGUACAUCAGUGCCCGAGACCUCCUGGAAGUCGAGAAUCCUGUCCUUGACCUCCCGAACCGCCUAAGCCGCCUCACCGUCCGGCACAACUUCGACAUUGGCGCUCACUAUACCGGCUCCACAGCCUCUACCUCACAUCCGAGCGGGAGCUCUUUGCGGCGUGGCCUUAACACUUUGGCCACCGCUUCAGCGUCGGGUAAAGACGCUAUGGGGCUGGAUGCCUUCGAUCCUCUGCAGCGAGAGUUCGAAGCUCUCCGUCGUGCCAUGUCAGAUUCGAAGGUGCCGACCCCCCCACAGAAGCAGACUGAAGCAGAGUCUGAGAUUCCCAAGUCUGCCGUCACCCCGAUUUCCAGUUCGGGGUAUGAGGACCUCGUAGCCAAUUCUUCUUCUGGCUACCGCUCGUACUUGCCCCGACCAUUAUCGGGUACUGGAGACUCGAUAUCUACGGACGAGCGCAGUUACCCCUGUAGCUUCGACACCUCCAAGCCUCCGGAACUUCCGCUUGGUUCUGAUGCCCCCCGUCCCGACACACCAGUUCCUGGGCCGUCUUUCUUGUCAGAAGAUCGUUGCUUCCCCGCCUUGAAGCCACCAUCGCUACAGGAUGAAGACCCGCGGAACCCUAUCGAGUAUAGGUUUAAGUUCCACCAAUCGCACGAGUUUCGACCUGGAAGGGUACUCAAAAUGGUGUCGUUUGAGCCUCGCAAGGGCAGCCCUCCCGCUGAGACUCUAUCCGAGGGCUUCUCGCUUCCCCGAGAAGUCGCGCUCUCCGUUAGAUACCGACGCUUCGUAGUCAUUGCCAACGAUGAAGGCUAUUGCACCUGCGUACCGAUCUCCACCUACUCGGGCCAGGCCUGCAAAAAGCACGGCGUCAAGCCGGCCAAGCACGGCAUCGUCUUCGAGACCGGCCGCCGGCCACGGCUACUGCCCGGUGAGCCCGAACUGGGCUUCCCGCCCGUGCAGGUGCGCCUGACCGAGCCGGGAGAGAGGUUUGCGAAGGAGUCGCGAGUGAACUACGCCAAGCUGACGACGAUUGAGCAUAACAUGCUUGUGUACUUCAUCGGCGAGGUCGUCGAGGACGACCUCGAUAUUAUCCUGAGCGCGGUGGACCUGUGCUGGGCGAAACGGCGGAGGUGACGAGCGUUGAUCAGCGCGUAGACUCCAAGUCGCAUUUGGAGAGAAAAUAGAACCACGAAUGCCGGCUUUACAUAAGUGUUUUUAUGCCCUAAUUCAGUCCUUCCA